UUUUUUAAAGAAAUUUGUUUGUCUUCAUUAUGAGUGUUGAUCAAAUUCCAAAAAAGUGCGAACAUUCCAAAAGAGUAAAACAUUACUUCUUCGAUUAUUGUGAUAAUACCAGCAUCCACGCUAUGAAAUACUUCGCUCAAAAAAGAACGACCACCGAAAAAUUUUACUGGAUUGUUGUUAUAACUUCUGCAAUGAUGGUUCUUGGUUAUUUCAUUUAUGUGUUGGCUAUAAAAUAUCUAACGAUGCCGGUUAUUGUAACGUUUUCCACCAAAGAAACGCCAGUUUUCGAAGUACCUUUUCCCACAAUAACCAUUUGCUCCAAAGCCAAAAUUGAUGGUGAACAUUUUAACUACACAGAUAUAAUGUUGAAAACCAGAACCAACGUCACUCUCACAAAAAAAGAGCAGGAUUUAUCCAAUUAUGCCGCUUGGAUCUGCGAGGAUGAAAUAGGAAAAAAGUCUUUCAGAGAUAAAUAUUACAAAACUCAAAUAUCGGAAGACAUUUAUGAGUUUCUUUCAAAAUCGAGAAGAACCUUUAUGCAUUACUGUUAUUUAAUGGGUUCGGAUAUGAAAUGCCAGGAUUACUUUACGCCAAUUUUAACAGAUGAAGGAGUUUGCUACUCCUUCAAUUUCCUCAAUCAUUCUCAAGUUUUCCGUGAUGAUGUGGUACUCCGUAAAGAUUUUUUCCAAAACAACUGGAACAGUACCUGGCACAUUGAAAAAGGCUACAAGGAUGCAAUAGGUAAUGAUUAUCCUAUUAGGGCUUUCCUCACAGGCCCCAGCAAAUCAUUGUCCAUCAUCAUGUAUGCUAAAAAGAGCAGCAAAGACCAGCUCUGCAGCAGUGAUGACAGUGGGGGAUACUUGGUGUCAAUCGACAUACCAGGUAAGUUUCCAAGAAUGGCUGAAACGGUCAUGACUAUAGGCUCAAAUAUCAACGUAUUAGGAGCAAUACAACCAGAAGUCUUCACCACUUCGGAAGCUAUAAAGGGGUACAGUCCAGAACAAAGAGAUUGCUAUUUCCAGGACGAAAAGUACUUAAGGUUUUUCAAAAUUUAUACUCAAAGUAACUGCCAAUUGGAAUGUUUCACCAAUUACACACUACAGUUUUGUAACUGUUCCGCUUUUUAUAUGCCAAUGUUGAAUGGGACACCAGUUUGUGGGAUUUCUAUGUAUGAAUGCAUGGAGGAUGCCGAGUUCGAUUCUUUAUUUGUUGAAAUUUUUAGCAAGAAAUCUUCUGUUCCAGAACGUUUUCAACACUCUUGUGACUGUAUGCCUUUAUGUUAUGACAUUAAUUACAAUUUGGAGAUCUCUCAAAAUCAUUGGAAAGACAAUAAAAUAAGUAGAAUAAAAGGAAAAGAUUAUAAUAAAAGUUUGACGUUUUCUGAACGAUUCUUUAUACCACCAUUUUACUUGGAGGAAGACGAAGAAAUUUGCAAGUCUUACCUUAUUCAUGAAGAGAAAUCACCUGGAGACGAAACAGAGAAACGAAGUGUAUGGUUUCAUCGACUUCCUCUCGGGUUUUGGAGGACUUCUGGGACUUUUUACCGGCUUUUCCUUACUUUCUUUAAUGGAAAUCGUGUAUUUUUUAUCAGUCAGAGUGUUUGGAAAUUACAGGCAACACGGAAACUGGCAUGGCGAAAACGUGGAACAAAACCCGGCUUAGAUAAUAGAAUGAACUGUUAACGUA